CAAACGAGAUGUUAGAAACAUCUGACGUUUUGUGGUUUUCAAAGUUGGAGAUCGAACAGACCAAAAACGGGAAACUGAAAGGUGAAGGACAAACGUCACUGUCAAUCACAUCGUUUUUUCGUUCAACCAUCCACUCGAAAACUUGUUCAUGAUUGACAAAAAUCCAACAUUGAAUUUCAAAAAAAAAGAAGAACAACUCAUACGUCCACUCGACCGGAAUUCACGUUCCUCUACACCCAUGAUUGCUGUCACUCUUCUUUUCUCCAACAAAACAUCAGGAUAAAAGGCUAAAGGAACUCGGGAUAGCAUUAGGCCGGAAGUCCACCAGUAACUCUUUAGGACAUUACAACUAUCAAAACAGAUAGGAUGUCCGACUCGAUCAUCCGACAAGAAUGCUACACCAAUUGCCACGUCCCUGUCAUGGAGACAUUUUUUCUUUGCCCGAUGAAGACCGAAGAUAACGAACAACCAAAGCAAAAAUACUCCAACAAGGGCACCCAAAAGGAUAGAUAGGAGUUGAAUCCAGUUGGCUCACGCUCCAUACCGAAACAUGGAUACACACACACACGCACGCACGCGGAGAGAAGAAGGCAGGACUCUAGGCACCUUGUGUAGUAAAAGCGUCAGUCGUUCAGCGAGUCUUGGAUACGAUGGCUGCUCCACUUUUGGUUCCCGCAGCUCAGUCGAUCCCGGCUCCUCCUCCAUUGAUAGUCGUGUCGAUGGACAGUGUCGACGACGGUAUCAUCCAAGAAGAAGAAUCGCAAACGGUGAACGAUGCCCUUCUACCUAAAACUUUGAAUGUCGUUGCAGUUCCGGCCACUAUUGUGGCGGAUGGCGGAUGUGCGGCCAGUAAUUCAUCGUCCAACAACCAUCAUGUAGCUCGUCGCUGGUGGGACGGAUGGUUGCGGACGGAUCCACCAGAAGCGAUCAGUGAUGUGAUGCAACAAAACGGGCCCAAAAAUCAUAGCAAAAAGAGAAGCAAGAAAAAAUCAUCCGAAGUUCGCGUUGUUAAUCAUCAAAACAAUUACGUGGCUGUGACGUUAUCGGAAAACGAUCCGGCUCAUCCAGCGGCGACGGCCGAUCCGUGUCCAUCACCUACACCGUCGUCACAGCAGCCAAGAAGAAGAAUAUGCUGGUGGUUCCUCUUUUUGCUGUUACUCCUCACCGUGGCUUGCCUUGCCUUUGUCGCAGUUUCACUCGUCUCUUUACUCCGCAAUGGACAAGGUCCAUUGACAACUGAUGCGACGGUUUGUUUCACAGAGGAAUGCGUCCGUACAGCUGCCUCGUUAUUAUUGGCCAUGAACCAAUCGGCCGACCCGUGCCAAGACUUUUUCCAGUUCGCUUGUGGCACAUGGAACAAGAAACACCUGAUCCCGGAGGAUCGAUCAAGUAUUAGCACAUUCGAAGUGCUAUUCGACCAGCUGCAAAUCAUCUUGAAAGAUUUACUUCAGGAGAAGACGAUCCCCGAGGACAAUGAGACUACCAACAAAACCAAAUUAUUCUACAAUUCGUGCAUGAACACAAGUCAUAUCAGAUCGACAGGCGAUACCGUCCUCCGCGAAACGCUUCAAUCGCUGGGCGGAUGGCCCGUCCUGGACGUCGAAUGGUCGACGGGACAAGGAGCUGAUGUAGGAUCGGUGGAGAAUCUACUCGGCCGGCUAAGAGGCGAGCUCAACCAAGGUGUCAUGAUCGAACAAUGGGUCGGUCCCGACGACAAGAACUCAUCCGUCAACAUCAUUCAGAUCGAUCAAAUGCACCUGGGUCUACCUGCCCGUGAUUAUUACCUGAAACCCAGCAGCGCUCUCCAUGUCAAGGCCUACCAUCGUUACAUGACCGAAGUGGCCGUUUUAUUGGGUGCCGAUAAACUUUACGCCUCUGACGAGAUGAAGAAAGUUCUACAUUUCGAGACUCUACUGGCCCACAUUAGCAUACCGGAAGCGGAUCGGCACGACACUGGAGCCAUCUACGAUCAGAUGACGCUGGUCGAACUGGAAGUUCGAGUUCCGGAGAUCCGCUGGCGCGAAUAUUUCAACGCUUUCCUUCCGAAUUUAAUAGUAGAAGAUUCCGAACCGAUCGUCAGCUACGCCAUGAGUUAUUUCGAAGAGCUGGGCAAACUUCUAAUGCGGACGGAGCGUCACAUCGUUCAAAAUUACGCCCUUUGGCGUCUGAUCAUGGAACUGGUGCCUCACCUGUCUGAAGAAUACCUGGAAAAGAGAGCGGAAUUCCGUCGCGUUUUAACUGGGGUCUUGAGCGAGCGCAACCGCUGGAACCAGUGCAUCGAUUACACUAACAAGAAACUGGGCAUGGCCGUUGGCGCCAUGUUUAUCCGCGAUAAUUUCAACCAGGAGAGUAAAGAAGUGGCACUUGAAAUGAUCCACACGUUGCGCGAGGCUUUCAUAGACACCCUGGACGAGAUUGAAUGGAUGGACGAGGAAACCCGUCAAGUGGCCAAGGAGAAAGCCCUUGCCAUGAACGAACGGAUUGGCUAUCCAGAGAUGCUAACGCAACCCGAUUUGUUGGCAGAAGAGUACGCAUCGCUCAAUUUCACCGACGGACACUUUCAAAACAUUCUCAACAUCAAGCGCUACGAAGCCGAGUACAAUCUAAACAAGCUGCGACAGCCCGUGUUCAAGGAUAAAUGGUCAACAGAGCCGGCCGUCGUCAACGCCUUUUAUAAUCCAAACACGAACGAUAUUGUCUUCCCUGCAGGCAUUUUGCAGCCGCUUUUCUACAGCAGCCAAUUUCCGAAAUCUCUCAACUAUGGCGGGAUUGGAGUCGUGAUUGGUCACGAAAUCACGCACGGAUUCGAUGAUAAAGGUCGCCAAUUUGACAAGGACGGCAAUCUGAAGCAAUGGUGGAACAACGCCACUGUGCAGGCCUUUAGACAGCGCACCCAGUGCAUUAUCGACCAAUACUCGAACUAUAUACUAGAUGAUGUCGGACUUUACAUUGACGGACGGAUGACACAGGGAGAAAACAUCGCUGAUAACGGUGGCCUCAAGCAAGCCUAUCGAGCGUAUCGUAAAUGGGUCGGACGACAUGGCGAAGAGCCUCUGCUGCCAGGUCUGAAUCUGAGCCACGAUCAGCUCUUCUUUCUCAACUACGCCCAGAUCUGGUGCGGGACCAUGAGACCGGAAGACGCCAUCAGCAAAAUUCGAUCGUCUGUCCACUCACCUGGACCCAUCCGCGUCCUCGGUCCGCUCUCCAAUUCACCCGAGUUUGCCAGAGCCUAUCAGUGUCCAUUAGGUUCUCCGAUGAAUCCGUAUCAAAAGUGUUCCGUAUGGUGAAAAUUCUAAUUUGGUUUUUUAAUAAUUAUUAUUAUUUUCUUUUAAAAUCCGCACACAAUGUCCUCUGUUUUCUCUCACUUGUCUCUUGAUUUUUCACCGAAAUAAUUUUGGUGAAAGUUUGCGGGGAAACAAGAACAAAUUAACAACAAGAAAAAAAAAAAAAAUUUUAUUUUAUGAUAACAGGUUUGAUUUAGAAUGCAAACCCAAUGAAUUUUUUAAAAAUUAUUUUUGUACAUAGAAGUGAUAGCGGAUAAGCUUUUAGUUUAUGGGUGAAAAAAAAAGGGGGAAGGAAAUGAAGUGAUCUGAAUUCUCUAGUUACGCCAUUUCUUAACACUAAAAAAGAAGAAUAAUGAAAUAAAAAAUAAAAAAACAAGAAAAAAAAAAGAAAUUAACAAACGUCCCUUUUCCUCCGUAAUAUUCGCCUGAAUUUGGCAAUGGCGUGCGAACUUUGCUUUCACAGGACCCACUAAAAGUGCCGUACGUCUCUUUCUCUCUCUCUCUCUCUCUCUCUCUCUCUCUCUCUCUCUCUCUCUCUCUCUCUCUUUCCUUUCCUGUUCUUAUUAUAUAUUCUUUAUGGCAAUGUUGUGACUCUUUCUUUUGCAAACAAAAAAAAAAAAAGAAAAGAAAAAAAAAACUAAUUAAG